UUCUGAGAUAUCAAUCAAUAAUUUCACAUUCAUGAUUUGUCUAUUAAAAUAAAUUAAUUCAAAGAUAUUUUAAAGUAUACAAAAUUAUGCCUAUUAUCACAUAACACUGCAAUAUCUGUAAUAAUAAAGAUGGACGGUGAACUAGAAGCGUUAUCUGAUACUGCAACCAAUUGUAACUUACCAUCCGCUACUGAAACGAUAUCAGAUUUUAAUCAAGCCAAACUAGACACUUUAGAGAAAAAAGCAGUCCAUCUAAGAUUGGUUUUGGAAAAAGAUUUUAAAGCGGCUGAUAUAAAGUGGAGUUUAUUUGUUGCAGCAGCGUUCAGUUUUCGUUACGAAAGCUGCCUUAGACCUUUUCCACCAUCCUUUUUGAAAAAUGGAAUUAAAGAUAUGGAUACUUUGCUCAGUGUUAUUACCGAUGUCCCAGCAUUAGACUUGGUCUUACAGCAUUUAGAGAAUCUAGAAAACUUGGCCAACAUUGCUGAUAUUAUAGAUUUAUUAUUUUACGUUUUAGUAAGAUUAAAAGAGCCCUGUUUGAAAACAGUUCCUGUAGAAGCGCACGAUAGUAUUAUAACCACUGGACGCAGUUCUGCAGCUACCCCACGACCUCAAUAUAUCUUUCAAGUUAAUAGUUCGUGCAAAUCAACUACAGAAAAUAAAUGGAAAGAAUUGGCAAAAAAUCAUCAUACAUUUUUUGCGUACCAUGGUAAUCGUUUAGAAAAUUUUUACACAAUACUGAAUUUCGGAUUGCAUCAACAUUUGAAUAAGAAUACACUACUGGGUAACGGAGUUUAUUUGUCACCGGAAUUAAAUACGUCGCUACCCUUUAGCCAUGGAGGAUUUGGAUGGGGAGCAAGUUGCAUCGGUGGACAUUUGUCUUGUGUAGCAAUGUGUGAAAUAAUUGAUGCUCCUGAAGGAAUUAAUUACCAAAAACCUGUCUCAAAUGAAGGAGACGGCAUAUAUGAAGAUCAAAAAAACAAAUCAAUAGAACAGGGUGCUAAUGGAACAAGCACGACGCAAUACAUUGUGACAAACUGUGAUUUAGUCAGACUCCGUUAUCUAUUAAUAUAUGCCAAACAAACUGCAUCUAUGAGAUUCCCCACUACAAAUUCAAAUCGAAAUGUUGGUGGUCUCCGACAUUGGUUAUCAAGACAUAAGCUAUUUUCUAUAUUACUUGGCUAUGGAUUAAUGCUGGCAACUAUUGGUUUUGCUAAUAAUCAACCCAUACAUUACUAUUAUAAAAUAUUACUCAAGAAAUUGGAUUUCGCAUACAGUAAUGUUAAAAUAUAAUAAGCAGGUAGCUAG